CCCUGGCUUCCAGGAAUGUAAAGGCUUGGGGGGGGACAGGCUGGAAGGAGGCCACCUUGCUUUGCUCCCUCCCCACCUCCAGCCCCUGUUUCUCCUUGUCCGAGCAGGCUGAAUUCCCCAGGGUGGCGGUUCCCGGAGGUGCAGGACCGGCGGCCGCAGUUGCCAGGGGACUUGGGUCAUGAGACUCAACUCCGACCGCGUUCCGCUGGAGGAGGAGGAGGAGGAGGAGGAGGAUAGAUGGGACUGACAUGUACGCUCCGGUGGCUGCCAGAGCAGCGCUCGGCUUCCCCAUGAAUUAGAUCGAUCCCCUCUGCAGCCCUACACUGGAAGAGAGAGAGAGAGAGGAGAGAGAGGAGCGGGGGACGACGGGCGGUAUUUCCUCCAGCAGAAUUCCCGGGUUGUGCAGGAGAAUGGAGGGGCAGGAUUGGGGUUAUGAAACCCCAGGGCAGCUCCAAGGCAGCCUGGUGCAAACGCCUGUCUUGCGCUUCAGCGAACUGCUUUCCUUAAGGUGGUUUUUGUGAUCCCGUUGCUAGGAUUAAGCCUUUUUUUUUUUUUUCGCGUUGCAGCAUGGAGAGUCUUUUGUUUGAGUUAAAUUCAGACCUCUUGAUAUGUCACCUGACAGUCUUGUGGUUUUGGAUGAAUAUGGCUCAUUGCUAUUAUUAACCUGAGUUGGCAGCCGGGCACAACAGGAGUUUAUAGGGAUUUUGAAAAGUGGAACUGCUCGGGGGACAAAGAUGCUUCCCAGCUGGCCUUUGCCGGAGUUUGACCCAAGUCAGAUCCGACUGAUUGUGUAUCAGGACUGCGAAAGAAGAGGACGGAAUGUCUUAUUUGACUCCAGUGCUAAAAGAAAAAUAGAGGAUGUUUCAGUGUCGAAACUCUGCAGCGAUGCUCAGGUGAGAGUUUUUGGGAAAUGCUGCCAACUGAAGCCUGGAGGAGACAGCUCUUCUUCCCUGGACAGUUCAAUCAACUCCUCCUCAUCGUUCUCUGAUCCAAAAGAGCAAUGCCCCAAAUACCAGGGUUCUCGGUGCUCCUCAGAUGCUAACAUGCUUGGAGAGAUGAUGUUUGGCUCUGUGGCCAUGAGCUACAAGGGCUCCACGUUGAAAAUUCACCAAAUCCGCUCACCUCCUCAGCUCAUGCUCAGCAAGGUGUUCACAGCUCGCACUGGAAGCAGCAUCUACGGAAGCCUGAAUACGUUGCAGGACAGUCUUGAGUUCAUUAAUCAAGACAGCAAUACAUUAAAGCCUGACCACAGUACAAUUAUGAAUGGACUUCUUGGGAAUAUAGGUCUUUCACAGCUUUGCAGCCCCAGGCGGGCAUUCUCAGAGCAAGGUCCGCUCCGCCUCAUCCGGAGCGCCUCUUUCUUUGCAGUUCACAGCAACCCUAUGGAUAUGCCUGGGAGGGAGCAGAACGAGGACAGGGACAGCGGUAUAGCCAGAUCUGCAUCUCUUAGCAGCCUGCUCAUCACUCCCUUUCCAUCUCCGGGCUCCUCGUUUAACAAAAGCUGUGCGAGCAGUUACCAGCGGCGUUGGCGGCGCAGCCAGACUACCAGCUUGGAGAACGGGGUCUUCCCUCGAUGGUCCAUGGAUGAAAGCUUUAACUUGUCAGAUGACAGCUCUGGUCCCAGCCCAGGAAUUGUUAGGAAGAAAAAGAUAGCCAUUGGAGUCAUUUUUUCACUCUCAAGAGAUGAAGAUGAAAACAACAAAUUUAAUGAGUUCUUCUUCUCCCACUUCCCUCUUUUUGAGAGUCACAUGAACAAACUGAAGAGCGCGAUAGAGCAGGCUAUGAAAAUGAGUCGCAGAUCAGCUGAUGCCAGUCAGCGGAGUUUGGCAUAUAACAGAAUUGUUGAUGCCCUUAAUGAAUUCAGAACGACCAUUUGCAAUCUGUACACGAUGCCGCGGAUCGGGGAGCCCGUCUGGCUGACCAUGAUGUCGGGGACACCCGAAAAGAACCAGCUCUGCCAUCGCUUCAUGAAGGAAUUCACUUUCUUGAUGGAAAACGCUUCUAAGAACCAGUUUUUACCAGCUUUACUGACGGCGGUGCUGACCAACCACUUGGCCUGGGUGCCCACCGUCAUGCCCAACGGCCAGCCCCCCAUACGCAUCUUCCUGGAGAAGCAUUCUUCCCAGAGCGUGGACAUGUUGGCCAAGACUCAUCCCUACAACCCUCUGUGGGCUCAGCUCGGUGACCUGUACGGGGCUAUCGGAUCACCCGUGAGACUGGCGAAGACAGUUGUGGUGGGCAAAAGGCAUGACCUGGUACAGAGACUGCUUUAUUUCCUUACCUACUUCAUCAGAUGCUCUGAGCUCCAAGAGACUCAUCUCCUAGAGAACGGGGAAGAUGAAGCCAUCGUCAUGCCCGGGACUGUGAUCACCACCACCCUGGAGAAGGGGGAGGUGGAAGAAUCAGAGUACGUGCUUGUCACGAUGCACAAGAACAGGGGCAACCUGCUGCCCACCGAGUCUGAGGACACGAGAACUCCCAACUGCAGCUGUAAAUACUGCAAAUGUCCCGUUUCCCUUGCGCAGAACAUCGAAGGUGUGUCACAGCAGGAGAGGGAAGACGCUCAAAACACCCCUAAGGUGGAGCUGGAAACGUCUUCGGAUGAGAACAGAACUAUUGUUCCUGAGGAGUGCCAGGAAGAUGCUGCUGAGGUGAAGCAGGCGAGACCCUGCCUGGAGACGCCGCUGGAGACGGUGGUGUGCGCGGGCUCGGCCUCGCCGGAGAGACGAGCGGUGCCGGAGUCUGCUCUGGAGCCCACGGCAAACGCCUGGAGGAACGAGGAGUCGCUGGAAUCGGGCAGCCCGGCGGUGGGGGUGACGAGGUCCCCCGGCAUCGCUGUGGAGAAGAAGCCUCCAGACAAGCUCUUCUGCGAGGCCUUCCCUUGCGGCACCGCCGAGGCGCAGACGAAGGUGACUUUCCUCAUCGGAGACUCCAUGUCACCCGACUCGGACAUCGAGCUCCGGAGUCAGGCAGUGGUGGAACAAAUCACCAGGCAUCACAGCCCGCCGGCCACGCAGGAGGGAGCGCCUGCUGACCCCAACUGUGAAGCCAAACAAAACGUCGAGGACCAAAAUAGAGCCUGCGGGACAGCUGACCCCUUCCCUCCGGUCCCUCCUCAGCAUCAGAGCUGGAACCCAAACCCCUACACGGCCGAGAGCAUGAGUCUGUUUGAUGAGUAUUUUACUGAUGACAGCUCAAUUGAAACCCGGACUAUUGACGAUAUUCCAGGGCAGGCAGCGACAGACCUCCUUGCUCACAACAGUAGUUUAGAGUUUUCUAAAAAGCUGUGUACAAAGACUGGCAAAGCACCUAGCGAGUUUUGUAAAUUUAUGGACUCUGUUCGACAAGAGACCUACAAAAACUGCUUUAAUGAGCAGGACCAAAGAGAGAGCAUCUCUAUCCGCGUCCCCCAUGGGGACAGAGAAAACGUAGAGAAAAAAGUCGCCCCGGGAAUUGAUUGGGACAUUCCAAGAAAUGAGAGUUCAGACAGUGCCCUGGGUGACAGCGAAAGUGAGGACACGGGUCAUGAUCUGACCAGACCAGGCGGGAACUAUUACGGAGGAGAGCAGGAGGACUGGGCAGAAGAAUACGAGAUUCCUUUCCCUGGGUCAAAGUUAGUUGAAGUGAACUCUGUCCAGCCCAGUAUCGCCAAUUUUGGAAGAUCCUUACUGGGUGGCUACUGCUCCUCCUAUGUCCCCGACUUCGUUUUGCAAGGAAUAGGAAGUGAUGAGAAGCUGAGGCACUGUUUGGUGUCGGAUUUGUCUCAUGCUGUGCAGCAUCCUGUCCUGGACGAGCCCAUCGCGGAGGCCGUCUGCAUCAUUGCAGACACGGACAAGUGGACGGUGCAAGUGGCCAGUAGCCAGAGGCGGAUGAUCGACAACAAGCUGGGGAAAGAGGUGUUGGUCUCGAGCCUGGUCUCCAACCUGCUUCAUUCCACUCUGCAGCUUUACAAGCACAAUCUGUCUCCAAACUUUUGUGUGAUGCACCUGGAGGAUCGGCUGCAGGAGCUGUAUUUCAAGAGCAAGAUGCUGUCCGAGUAUCUCAAGGGCCAGAUGAGAGUUCACGUCAAGGAGCUGGGCCUGGUGCUGGGGAUUGAAUCCAGCGACCUGCCCUUGCUGGCGGCGGUGGCCAGCACCCACUCUCCCUACGUUGCCCAGAUACUGCUUUAAAAUGCCAGAGGCCACAGACAGUGACUUUUUUUUUUUCUCCCCACCCCCCUCUGGAAACCGAGUGGGAAAACAACUUGUUCUGGCUCCUUUCUCUUUGAAGCAAUUAAAACAAACUGCUCCUGGAGCUGCAGCACCUCCUUAUAUGACUGCAAACAGUUGGAGACUUUUCCUCUCCCGCUCACUCCUUUAUAUAAAAAGGAUAAAGAUAAAACUGAGUUAAGUCCGGGAUCUCAACCACAGAAAAGCAAAGAUUUCAGCAAAAGCUGAAGAUCCGCAUUUUUUACCAGUUUCUGCCCCAGUGGCUGACUCUAAUUUAUAUUGGGAAAUGCACACGGACGAACUGCUUUGAGAACUACCUGAUGCUGGUGGCAAUUAGAGACUUAACGAGGAGGCAGGGGCUUCCGAGCGGCCGCUGCCGCCCAGGAGCUCGUUAAGGGCUGUGCCAUUCUCCAGCGGCGAGGAUUUGUAAACAACUGCUCCUUUUUCACACCACACUCAACUCCUGGAUGCUUCCCGGAGGAAGAACAGGGCUUGGGGCCGGGGGGGGGGAGGGUUUGUUUUGUAAAAAGCUUAUUAAUGAUGCUCAGCUCCAAAAUUUAUUAUUUAUGGUCUUUCUCCUGGGGAGAGGGAGGGAGCAGCCGACAGACAGACAGACAGACCAGCCAUGGAGAUUCUCUUUCUGGGCCGGAGGUUGUAACCAGUAUUAAAUGUUUAUAAUGUUUCAA